AUGCUUUGUGACGACACCCCGCUCAGCAGCGCCGGAUUUGCGGAGUAUGUGGGGAGGCUAACCUGCUUGCCAGAUUCCAGCUUCAACGGUACUAUCUCCGAAGUCGUGGAGUCCUCCUGCCCGGACCGCGCUCAAGUCACCGGCUAUGCGAGCACCUGUCAGGACAAGAAGCCGGGAGACGAGUGCUGCUUGGCCAUUGCGAGCCCCAGCUGGGUCUACUGCGAGACCGGCUACACGGGCAACCCCGCUCCUUACAUGUGCGAUGCCGAUACACUCACUUUCGUGGCCAAGGACGCCAAUGCCAGCUGCGUUGGCUCUGGUGGUCGGCGCCUAUCUGGCUCUGGAGGCAGCAGCGGCUCUGGGGUGGCUGAUGGCAGCAUCUGCAUUGCUCACUGCAGCCGAGGCUAUGAACUCGUGGGUGUUGCCUCUGUCUUGACUUGCAACUCGGGAAGCUUGUCUGGCAACUUGGAUGGCAUAUUCGAGGAGGGCACGCUGCCUGUGUGCACUCCGCUUCCCUGCACGUACAACGUGCCAGAUGCGGUUGGGCUGCAGCACAACUGCAGCAAUGUCACGCCGCUGGAAGGCACUUCGUUACGACGGAGGGUUCCUGCAGUGCUGGCUGCACCCAGGAGGUAUGAGUGCCAGUCGGAUGGAAACAUCACUGGAGUUCUCCCCGAUUGCGUUGGGAACCCCUGUGAGAACACCAUCCCUUCAGACCAGGCAUUCUCCGGCGAGGUGACGUGGAAGCCGAGCUUGAGCACUUGGGAGUUUCAGAGACAGAACGGGCCUGGAGAUCUGACUCUAAAAGAGCUGCUCAUGAGGUACGAAUUGACCAGCGGAGCGGCGGGAGAGGUUUCUGGAGCCAGAUCCAUAAAGCCAGGCCAGCCGAUUGUUUGUCCGAGCCUGAACCCCAGCGACGUCCUCGCGGACAACUGCACGGGGCUCCUCGCAGGACAGUCCUGCGAACGCCGCUGCCGCUCUGGCUUCUUGCCGGCGAACGCGACGAGCAGCAGCUUCAACUGCGACCUUUCAGGCCAAGUCAGCGGUGACGGGGCCACGGUCUCCUGCGAGCCCGUUCAGUGCAACAGCAGCAUCUCGAUUCCCAAUGUGGUGCACACUUGCAGCGACGUCUUCGUGAAUCGGUCCUGCUUUGCCUACUGCCGGGAGGGCUUCCAGCUCAACACGCCGGAGGUUCCGGAGUGGACCUGCACGGACGCAGCGAGUGGCCUCCCUGCGGUCAGCGAUGUUCCGAUGGUGGAUGGUUACACCCUGCGCGGCACUGUGCCUGUCUGCUCUGCUUUGCCCUGCCUGUACAACCUGCCCUUCGGUGCGGAGUACGCUGACGACUGCGCUGGUGUGGUGACGGAUGGCACCUGUGCCGUCACCUGCGCUGCAGGGUGGCAGGGAGGCUCCAGCACAUGGACCUGCAUGCCAGAUGGAGUGCUGAACGGCACUUACCCGGAGUGCUUGGAGAUCACCAGCACGGCAACGUCGACCACACAGACUGCCACCACCACGGUCUCCUCCGUCACCACUACAUCCACCACCUACUGGAAUGGCACGGUGCUGUUCAGUGGCUACCUGGACGUCACACCGAUUCUCGCUGGCCGCCGCUUGCAAUUGGGACGCUCGGAGCUGAACGAAGGCUUCUUGAACGACACGUUGUCGGUUGAAGGCCUCACGCACGCGCUCGCAGAGUUGCUGGACGUAUCGGAGACCGAUGUGGAGAUCAACCUGACCCUCGGGAUUAGCAAUGCGACACAGGAGGAGGUGGUACGGCCGUUCUUCAACGCCUAUCGCCCCUUCUACACCUCAGAGGAAGCAGCGGAGUUCGCGAACAACUUAUCCGCCUACUUGGACAGCAAGCCUCACGAGCAGGUCGUCUCUGUGCUCAACUCCAAGCUCGAUCUCGUCGAUGCGAACUAUCGAAUUGGCGAGCUACUGCAGAUGCUGGUCUCAUUCGACCAAGGUUCAGCCUUCGUGGUGGAGGUCAGGAUACUGCCACCGGUGCCUGUGGUCGUCGAGCCGGAGGAGGAGGACAGCAACGUCCAAUGGUUGAUCGGCGCCUUGGUCGCCGUCGUCGUGUGCGCCUGCCUUCUCUACUUCCUGUACUGGAUCUGGAACAAGGAUCGCGAGGAGGCUCCUUGA